GAGGUUUUUGUUUUGAGCAGCGCCGCCCUCCGGCCCGGCCCGAACUCGUCCGUCUGCCUCUCGCCAUUGCAGGGGCGAGGCGACGCGAGGGUGAAAGGGGGAAGCGAUAGCGGCGAAACACCUCGAUAGCUCACGGCUCAUACGCGAUCAAAGGAGCACGCGGGGAAGGCCCGAGAACCACGGGGCAGAGCGUGCCGACUUCUCCUGCGUGAGAUCCCCACUACCAGCAAGCUGCUCGCCGCGAUGCCGGCGUCCGCGUAUCGGGCCAUGUGAGGGCAAGCCGGCGGCUCUUUUGUGCUGGGACUACCGACACUGAUAUAGUCAGCACGUAUACACAGAGGGAGAGAGACGAAGAGGGACGGGGAGGAAGAAGAGGCAGAGUAGGAUCGGGGAAGAUAGAGAGCGAAGGUACAAGGGAGGUAAGAGAGAGAGAGACGAGCUCGUAUACGGGGGACGCAGCCAAGGAUUUUGGGGAGACGAGGAGAUAGGAAGACGCAGAGACAAGGACAGAAAGACAGGCAAGGUUGCAGAUAGACAAGGAAACGUUGACAUUUAAGAGACCGACAAGGAGGAAAGGGAGACAGGCAAGGAGACGGAGACAAAUAGGGAAGACAGGGAGACAUACGAGAGACGGGGGAGGUGAGAUUACAGAGGACACGGGGACAGGCAGGCAGAGGGGCAACAUUGGGAGACAGGGAGACACAUAGUGGAGACAAGGGGACGGAGAGAGACGGGCACAGGGAGAGCAAGGGGAAGCCAUUUUGAUCGCGGCCAUGGCUAAGAAGACGUACGACCUCCUCUUCAAGCUGCUGCUCAUCGGAGACUCGGGCGUGGGCAAGACGUGCAUCCUAUUCCGCUUCUCGGACGACGCCUUCAACACCACCUUCAUCUCCACCAUCGGAAUUGAUUUCAAGAUCAAGACAAUAGAACUGGGUGGGAAGAAGAUUAAGCUGCAGAUAUGGGACACGGCCGGGCAGGAGCGCUUCCACACCAUCACCACCUCGUACUACCGCGGCGCCAUGGGCAUCAUGCUGGUGUACGACAUCACCAACGCCAAGAGCUUCGAGAACAUCAGCAAGUGGCUGCGCAACAUUGACGAGCACGCGAGCGAGGACGUGGAGCGGAUGCUGCUGGGGAACAAGUGUGACAUGGAGGACAAGCGCGUGGUGCCCAAGGAGAAGGGCGAGCAGAUCUCGAGGGAGCACAACAUCAGAUUUUUUGAGACGAGCGCAAAGUCCAACAUCAACAUCGAGAAGGCCUUCUUCACACUCGCCGAGGACAUCCUCAAAAAGACGCCAGUGAAGGAGCCGGAGAGGAAGGACGUUGUAGACACGACCAGCUCGGGUGGCGUGCUGGGCUUCAAGAGCAAGUGCUGCGCCUGAGCGGGGCCAUCGCUGCUGCCCCCCCUCCCCUCCCACUGCGACUCCUCCUCUUCCCUCCUCCCCCUGCAACCCUCCAGAACCCCUGCCCUGUGACCCCUCAACCGGCCGCUGACGACCCCCGCCCUCCCCUCCCUCUCAAGCUACCCAUCGGUGUCUGCUACUCGCACAUCCGCCCUCUCCUACCGUUGAUUUGUACUUAAACCGCGCGUGGGAUGCGUACGCGAUGAUGUGAACGGAAGGAUAAGGCUCCGGUAAUACCAUCGGCUACGGCGUCGCCACCGUUCUUAUUAUUAUUUCAUCGUCAAUAUUUUUAUUCCUGUUUAUCAUUACUCGUCACAGUACUCAAUGUGCAUAGCGACGACAAUAAUAAUGAUGAUGAUGAUUGUUGUUGAGUGACCUUAAAGCAUGCGGUCGAUUGAAGCGCCAGACGGAGUUAUGCAUUGCGCGCCGAGGCCCUCGGGCAAAAUCCGGCCUGGCUCGGCCGCACACCGGAGCGGACCGCCCAGCAGCAACCCACAGUGUCCUCCCCCCCCCUCCCCAACCGUGAAUCCAAUCCAGCGAACUCUGCAUCGGCUUUUGGGCACUAGAAGCAGCAGCACGAGUCCCCCAAGUGUCGCCACGGGUCGAUGUUGACUCCGUACGAUCGCAUUCGUGGGUUCGUGGUGGGAGGGGGGUGGGGCAGGGUGUGUGGUGAGUGGCGUUCUUGCCCAAAGGCCGAUCGAAGUAAAAUACGAGUCCAGAAUUUUUGCCGCGGCACGAAUUUCCGUUGCACGCAGGGCUUAAUUUCAGCCGGUUCAGUAUCCGGCACACCAGGUCCAGAGUACCACCGCGCCUGGCUAUGGCUGCGGCUAAGAGUCAAGUGCCAUUUAAUCCAGUCGAACAGCGACCUAAAAAGUAUUUCCGUGCCGGCACACCACGUCCAGAGAGUAUACCGUCUCUCUGUGGCUACAGCUCCAUUCUAGCAGUGACUCGGAAGGUAUUCGGUGAUAAAUUAAUCCCUGGCUGCACCCAGACCCCCCCCCCUCCCCCACAGCCGGCCGCCUUCCCCCACCCUACCCCGUGCAGGGAGCGAUGAGUGGAUUUCUAACGCGGUCCCCAGGGAUAAAUAUUCAAUUUAAACAAACAGAAGAGAACCUCCCUCUCCCCCCCCCCCGAUUGUACACCGGGGCCUGUAAAGCGCCGCUUCGAUUUGGCGAUUUCAAAUUGGGCGGCGCGAAGGCGCCGAGAGGCGUCGCCGCGAUGGUCGGCGACGUUGCUGGGGGCUCGCGCUGCGCUGGAGACGGCCGCACGCGGCCGUUGGUGGCUGCCGCACGCGGCCGUUGGUGGCUGCCGCACGCGGCCGUUGGUGGCUGCCGCACGCGGCCGUUGGUGGCUGCCGCACGCGGCCGUUGGUGGCUGCCGCACGCGGCCGUUGGUGGCUGCCGGACGCGGCCGUUGGUGGCUGCCGCACGCGGCCGUUGGUGGCUGCCGCACGCGGCCGUUGGUGGCUGCCGGACGCAGUCCGACGCCGAACUUAACGACGCAACGCGAUUUGUUGAUCCUUAAAAUCGAAUGGUAGCCGCGACCCCCCCAUCGCCAUCAACCCCACUUCCCCCGUCCGCGAAUGGCGACAGUUCGCAGGGGUACAUAUGAAGUCGUUCCAGGCCCGUUGUGUCGUUGUUUUUGUUGGCCGGCCGAUUGCCGCACAGGAGGGGUAGCGGCGUUUCGGUGGCGUCUCGUCUCCACGCAGCGGCGUCCCCUGCACGUUGUCGUGGGGGAGGCUUUGCCGGCGGUGUCCGUUUCUAGGCCUCGUCAUUCUUGCCCGAGGUGGAGGAGGAAGUUUGCUCGUCGGUCCCCUGCCGCAACCUUGAACUGCCGGUGGUCACGUGUUCCCGCGUGCGUGCGCGCAUGCGUGGGUAUGUUCCCGUGUGCAUGUCUGUAUGUUGAACUUCUUUCGCACUGUACUUAGCCAACCGUGCUAAUCGACGGUGUGGGGGAAGAACAGCAAACUAAACUGUGCGUGUUCCCGCGUGCGUACAUUUGUGUGUGUGUGUUCCGCGUACGUCCCAUGUCCAGGGCUUAAUUGCAGCCGCGUCUUCUGAUAAAAUAUUUACGCCCCCGGCACGCCACAUCCCGAGGAAACGUUACGCUCGCAAUGGGAGCGCGGGUACCGUCCUUACUCGCGUGCCAGCUGCACCGGUCUAGCCAACGAGCCAGGAUAUAUUUUCCGCUCCCGGCACACCACGUCCACGGUAUACUCUUGCUGCGGAUGUGUCGGCUACGCAAGUUGCGUGCCGCGGCCAAAAUAACUCUACGCCCGGCACUCGAACCGCGUGCCACCAAUUCCAUGUCGAGAGCGAUUAAGCCCUGGCCGUGUGCGUCUCCUUCGCCGGACCGCUGCCAAACACUGGCAAUGCUUUGCUUGUUAGGAGGAGGGGGGGGUGGUGAAGAGGUGGGGUGUGUGUGGGAGCGUGACGAUGUCGCUGUGACGGGGCCCUGUCGAUGUAGCCCCGAGUGCGCGCUCGGUCGCCUGUGCCCUCGCGAGAGCGGCCGGCGGGGCGGUGUGGAAAGUCGCGUCCCGGUGUGGGUGCCACGACCAAUCCGGGUCCCCUCCUCCCCAAUCUUCCCAAACUUAACCCACCACACCCUCGCUCCCCUGUACCACCCACAUCCUCCUCUCCCAACAGCAACCACCACCUCCCCUGACUGUACGCCCAUCCCAUUUUAAGGUAUCCAUUUGUGUGCGUGUGAGACGGAGAGGAAAUCCCACUUUGUAAAGCAAAACGAAACGAUAAUGUUGGCCUCGUGGCCGGACAGACGCAUAGUCUACUACUGGGGGUGUGUGUGUGCGCGCGCGCGCGCCGUUUGAAAACUACGCUCUGGUGUAACGUGGAAUAAAUGAAUGGCUCUACGACUUCCGUUUUGCGUGUCCGCCCCCACCCCUGGGCCCUCCCCUGUUUGGCCGAUGAGCCCCCUUGUGUGGGGGGCGAGGUGCGCUGCGUGCCGGGUGAGGUUUGAAGUUGUCUGCGCGUGAGAUGGGUGUCAAGACCACGCACCGUUUUGGCUUCGAGGAAGACGCCAGAACGGCAAUCGGCUCCUCUUGUCGCGACACGGGCUGUCACACACCACCUGUCAGCUUCGUCAACGAUUCCCCGUUCUCCCCCGUAAAGCAAUGAAAGAUGAUGUUUCGUCUGGUGGCGUCACGAGAACUGGGCGUUGUGACAAUUGGCGCUCCUUACCCGUGCAAUCGAUUAGGUUCUGAAUUGCGUCGCUAUUCGAUUCGUGAGUGGAUAGGUUUUGUUUUGCCAUUGUGGCGAGCGCCUCUAGUGGCUACGGGGUUCAGAUAUCCUUUCCUCAAUGAGAGUGCCAGGUCUUCAGCUCGAGUUCCCACCUUCCACCCUGGUCCGAUCUUGAGUCGUCUUCGUUUUUCACCGGCACGUCGACCAGCAGCAGCGUCUUCUAAUUUGUCAUUUUUACCCAACCAACCGACAUCCCUAACCUCAUUUCCAGAACUUCUUAAACAACAAACUUCCUCACACCGAGGACGUGCCCAAAACCACAUCGUGUGGCAUCACAGGGGUUUGCGUUACCCACUCACGUUCAGUAAGAACACUCGGCAACAUUGGCUCCGACAUUUUUUGCCCGCUUGCCCUAUGCGAUGCAACGCGGACCCUAAGGAUCAACUUCUAAGCGGCGUUAUCGACGGCAUUGUCCAGCCGAGGGCUUGUCGCACGCACGAUCCACGAAGUCGCCGUGAAAGUCUUCUGUUGUCGCUGUCGAAGCUGCCAAUAGGCCGCUGUGUGACGGCCCGCGAGUGAUGCCGCAGCACCACCAAGCGAUGGGUAACGCCAACCCAUGAGCUGUUGCUGCACCGCCCUGUCGUGUCGUCAUCCUCCACGCCCCGCUUCCACGGCGAGCAACCGUUCAAUUGAUGUGUACAAAAAUGACGAUUUAAAUGCUGUUAUGUCUUGGUUUUUGUCUUUUAUUCGUGCGAGGGGUUUGGGGGUGCGUGCGCGUGCGUGUGCGUGUGUCUCAUUAUAGUCUAGCUCUGUGUCGUUUGGCUGCGGGCUGCAAUUCACCCGGCGGCUCUCAUGCCCGGCGUCGCCUCGCAAGAAGCACUGGGGACGCGAUGGGGUUGUGAGUGGCGCAUUUCCGGCAGUGACCUCCCCGCUCCUCCCACUGUGAAUCCCGCUCGGCGGGAGAGCCGUGCGGGCCUCGCAGUCAGCUGGUCGCGAGUUUCAAAUCACCGUUUGGUGACGGUUCACUCGGCCCAUCAUCUCUCCGGGGUCUAUAAAAUCCUGUAUCAUUUCGGGGGGAAGUCGACAGCGGGUUUCCUUUGCCAGAGGCCCCCCCCCCCCCCCGCCAUAAGAAUGUGGAAUUGUCACCACUGGCUCAAGGGGUUAUCAACAAGAGUUGACCACCGUCUCAAUGCUCGUUUGAGCAGGAACUCGCUUUGACUUUCCCUAUGAAAAAGGGCCACUGCUCGAAACGUCGCCUAUUGUACAUUAACCACGACUUAAUUAUGGAAUGUUGUCUGGACCCCCUCCCUCCGACAGCGGGAAAGGAGGAGGGGGGGGGGGAUGGCGGGGGUGGGGCAUGAAAUUUUCCGGAGUUCGGCCCCGGACAGCUCCAGCUAAAAUUAACCAUCGAUGUUGAUGCUGGCGACGCGAAUUGUCCUGUCGCCACACGCGCGCAUCCCGUCACGACGAGAGACCGUGAUGACGAAGAAGACUAUCAUGAUGAUGUUGAUACCCAGCGAGGAAUCCAAGUCGAUGUUGCUCAAUUCUCAUCGCUCCUGGAAUGCUUCUGUUUGCGUUCGCUGCAUUCAGCACACGCUGUGGAGAGGUCAACGUCCAGAGAGAGAGAGAGAGUGUGUGUGUGAUGGAGGCACGCGCCGCAUUAAACACAGCUAUAAUCUAAGGUGACAUGAACACGUUUAAACUUUUUGUUGUUUUCAAUAAACCCGGUUUUACGUUCUAA